CAAAGCUCUGCUCGGCUGGCUCCGGGCCAGCAGGGAGAGGGAGGAGCCGAGUGAGCCUAGCUUGUGAGUAAACGAAUGCAGUGAGAGAAAGUGCAGGGAAACUGUGCGUUCUCUCUAAUCGUUGCUUAUGAACCUGAAAAAGAGUAGAAAAGGGAAGAGACUACGGAGAAUGAAAGGUCCUCUCCGGUGCCUUAGUUGGCUCUAAAAGAUGGAAAGAAUCUUGAACUCCACCAGGCCUUUCUCCAUGUCCACAGAUCAGCCAAAAUUCAAGACUUAUGGCUGCCACGACCCCACACCAGAACCACAUGCAGCCAGCACCGCUGGCAAAAGCAGCGAACUUGAGGAGCUGAUGCGUCAGGCAGACAUUUCCAACUUUCUUCUGAAGGUCAUCUCUCAUGGAACAGCCAAGCAUGUGGGGACGGGCCCUCUGGGGACAGAGAAGCCAUCCAUUAUUGCCCAAGCAGAGUGUGAAUCUCAGGACUCGCAGGAAUUCUGUCCCAACAGCAGACACAAAAAUGUCACCUACAGUGACCUCAGCACUCCCUUGUCCUGCACCCAGGGGUCAGUCUCUCGCCGCCGGCCCCGAAAGAAGCGCCGAAAGAGGCAGCGGCGGAGGCAGGGAGAGAGGGAGGGCCAGCAGAGAGAUGGAGGGAGUGAGAGAGUGAGAGAGAGGAGGCUGACCGGAGUGCCGGAACAGGACAGUGGAGAGGUGGGAGAGUGUAGCUACAGCAGCACCAGCAGCAUAUCCUACAGCAGCAGCAGAGCUGUUAGCACAGAGAGUCUGUCUGUGCAGGAAACAGCCCGGCCAUCUUACUCCUCUCACCUUGGCCUCCGUAGCUCUCCCCUUUCCUCUCCAGACCUCUGGGGGCCAAUCCAGACCCUGCCCUCCUGCGAGAGAUAUGGUCAGGAAUGUGAGAGUUCGCAGGAGUUCUUGAUCAGUGAGACAGACUGCAGCCUGGCUGUACAGGGGCUCCGAAACUAUGUCACACAAGCCGAACGCUCUUACGCCUCAGCUUUCAUCAGAGAAAUGAUCAAAGCGGAGAAGGACAGAGAGGAGGAGGAUGAGGAGGAAGAACAGGAGGAAAGCAACACAAACGAAGGGAUUCUCUUUAAUGAGGAACUGCACCCUGACAACUAUGAAUAUCGGGAGGGGAGGGAUUAUGAAGUCUGUAAUUUAAUAAAGCAAGGAUCGUACGGAGACGUCUACAGCAUCAGAGACAAAUCCAGUGGCUUUCAGUGUGCUGCCAAAAAGGUGCCGGUGAAGAAUUUCUGUAUUGAGGAGGUGGGCUCGUGGAGUGCCCUCCAGGCUCCUCAUAUAGUAGAUCUAUAUGGAUUUGUCAGAGAGGGUCGAUCCGUCAUCCUUUUUAUGGACCUCAAACCUGGCUCUCUGGGGCAGUUGCUGAAGGAGAGGGGCCGCCUGCCUGAGGAUCUCUCCCUGCAUUACCUGCACCAGGUGCUGGGGGCGCUAGAGCACCUGCACAAGAGGCACAUCUUACACCUGGACAUCAAAGUGGAUAACGUGUUGCUGUCUGAAGACGGAAAAGACACAUUCCUGUGUGACUUUGGACAGUCAGAGCGAUUAGACCAACAUGGAUUCAGUCCUUCUAAAGUUCUGAAGGGGACUGAGACGCAUAUGGCUCCUGAAGUGGCGCGUGGAGAGAAGCGCUGUGGAAAGGCGGACGUGUGGAGCAGCUGCUGCAUGCUUCUGCACAUGCUCAAUGGCUGCCAGCCCUGGACCCGCUACUACUCUCGUCCACUCUACCUAAAGAUUGCUGAAGAGCCACCACCCCUGAGGGAGAUCCCACCUGACUGCAGCCCGCAUACGGCUGAUAUCAUCAAACGGGGCCUGCAGAAAGAUCCGAACCGAAGAUCUUCAGCCAAGGAUCUCAGAUUUCAAACAGCGAAAGCACUUAAAGAAUUGGGAGGUCUUCGUAGCCCUGCGAGGGGAGGAGCCUAUCAGAAACCAAUAGAGAAGCCAGAGAGGCGUGACCCCGCCCCCUUCUCCCAUAGCUCUGUGCAGCAGUGGAUGGGCCCAGGGCAGGAAUGGAGAGAGGGGGCAGGAACGAAGGUGGGACAACAGCACAAGAGCACCAAUGAGGAAAAACUAGAGGAGGUGGUAGAUGAGGAGGAGGAGCAGGAGGAGGAGGACGAAGAUGAGGAGGAAGAAGAAAUUGGAAGAAAUGAGGGAUGCCCUCCUCCGGCUUCGGCAAUUUAUAUCCACUCUCCCUCUCCUGAGCCUAAUGAACUCACUGAGCAGGAGCUCCAGCUUCGGAAACUUGAGAGAGAUUUCUUCCUGAGCAGUUUGUCUCAGCCGCACUCCGCUGAACUACAGGAGCAGCUCCUCUCCUGCCUGGGCAGUGACUGCCUCUCCACCAGAGAGCCAUGGGACAAAAAGGAUUCGGGUCGCUGGUCUGUUGGUGCUGGCGAUGACCUCAGUUCAGGCGUGUUCUCUUACAACAGCCAAUCAGAUGGCCAGAGCUUCAGCAUGGACUGGCUGGUCCCUGCCCAUCAGCCCCCACCGCGCUGCUUUGAGGGGGUGGAUGUCUGCAUCAGGGAUUUCAAUGGCCGAUGCUUCCGUAUCCGUGAAACACCCCGAGUAAAAGUGGGUCACAUUGCUGUAGGAAUCAGUGAUCAGAUCUCUGAGAAAGUGUUCAGUCUACAAAGUGAGGAUGGUUCUCUGGUGCCCCACGAUAAAGAAGUGCAGGAAACGGGUCUUUUCCUGCGCUGCGUCCGUGCCCCCGACUGUAGCCACGCCCCCUGCUGCAAGAGGGCUCCAGACUGCAGACAUGCCCCCUGCUGCAAGACCCCUUGGAUCUGGAGAGUCCGAGAUGGAGUGCUGGAGGCUAGAAACUGAUCCCCUCACUCCUGAAGCACAUGCUUUCUGCUUUCGUACUUAUAAAGCUCUUAUUGCCUGAAGCAUUUUUCUUGUGACAGUGUGUAUCAGUUUCUUAUUGUCACAGAACUGCCAAAAAAAGAGUCUUAAAACCAGUUUUUGUGAUCUAAAGUAAUUUUAAAAAAAAAAUGAAAUGUUUUUUUACAAAAAUGAACUUUUAAAAAAUGAACUUUUUUAAAGUUCAAAAUAACUUCAAUAUAAUAUAAAGGUUGUUCCAAGAACAGUACAUCCAAGCUAAUAACCAUUUAGGGACCUUUAAGAUUGUAGUUAUAUAUAUAGCUAUAUACAGCUAUUUCCUCUUACCUUAACACUGUAAGUCGACAGUGUCAGGUUGUUAGGUAAUCUCAAAUAUACUUGCCUAUGUGGCUAAUGACAUAUACUUUUGUCAAUUUGUGGUCAAUCCAGCACUUUUGAGCUAAAGGGAAAAUGGUAUAAAGUAUCAUUUUAAGUGUUCCUCCAUUUCUACAUGCUGUUGUUUUAUCUGCUCGCAUCAAAAUGUCUUUUUAAACAAAUUGUAAGCAACUUCUCAAACAUUGUCUUGUCUUUUUGACUUGCUUUUUAAAAAAAUGUUUACAUUGGAUACCAGUGUUUACAAAUGGAUAUCAAGGAGGUUUUAAUGUUAUCUACAGAUUUUGUUUACAAUUUGACAUGUAUACAACUGUUUUAAAACCAUGAGUCACCCAGGAGGUACGCAGCUCGCACACCGCUAUCAGUCAAUCACAGUAAUUACAGAUCAUUUCAUGGUGUGGCAUGAAUCCAAAGAGUCAUUUCCAGUUCACUGUGUUGUAGCUUAACCGCUGCUACUUACAUGUAGCUCCUACAGUAACCAUGUGUAUGACUGUGAGAAUAAAAGCUGUGAUUUUA